AUGGACGCCGGUGGGGGACAUGACUUGGUGCCCGGAAAAUAUAAUGGCGAACCGGCCCUGACGAUUUCAGCGGACUUCAAGUCCAAGAUUUGUGCACCGUGGCAAAGAGCACUGGUCGUUCGUCUUCUAGGGUUGCGGAUCGGAUUUACCAACCUAUGUAAUCGACUCAAAGGGCUGUGGCGGCCGCAGGGGAACAUGGAAGUGAAGGACCUUGAUCACGAUUGCUUCCUAGUUAAUUUGGACAAUGAACAGGACUAUUACCGCGCCCUCACAGAUGGCCCUUGGGUUAUCUACGAUCACUACCUGGUGGUUCAACAAUGGUCCCCCCGGUUCAAGGCGUCGGACCCUCUUCCGAAGACGAUGAUAGUCUGGGUGCAACUUCCUGCUCUGAAAAUUCAUUUCUAUCAUAGAGAGAUCCUGACCAGCCUGGGGAACCUUAUUGGAAGAACAAUCAAGCUUGACUACCACACCCUCACACAGCAGCGUGCAAAAUUCGCUCGACUAGCGGUCGAGGUCGACUUGACAAAACACCUGGUGCCCCGGAUUUGGUUGGACGAUGAAUGGCAGAAAGUGGAAUACGAGAAUCUAUCAGAGGUGUGCUUCAAAUGCGGGAAGAUCGGGCAUGACCGGAGUCUUUGCCCGGAUAAUCAACCAGCGCCUAUAUUGGCCUUGCCGGCAAUUGGAGAGUCUCUUUCCAACUUGACGAUCUCACCGGAGUCGGCGUCAGCAACGUCGUCGGCGGACAGCAAUCCGGGUUUUGGGCCAUGGAUGCUGGUGACUAGGAAAAGCCGGCGAAAUUCGAGGGAAGCUCCUAGAAAAGGAAAGUUAGAGAGUGAUACAGGGAAAUCUAAUAAGGAAGGUCUUCCCCAGAGUGGGAAAGGAGGAACGACUAUAAAAGACCCUCCCCAAGACUUGCCUUUACAGAAAAAGCUCAACGGUCCCUUACCAUCAUCGGCAAUCUCUCCUGUGAAGAAAUCCCCAAAUAGUAAGAAAGGAAAUUCGGAGACGAUACGCGGCAAUGAAAAGGCGGGAACGGAUGCUUCCGGGAAAGGAAAGGGAGUCCUUGGGCCGGGGCCCAGUUUUCAGAAAGUCACCAACUCCUCAGGGCCGUCCAGCUCCUUCAAUGGGGCUUACUCUUCAUCUAUCGAGACGGGCUUUCAGCCCACUUCGUCCCCAGGACCAGAACCAACUGAUUAUUGA